AGGGCGGGGCCGGUUCGGUCCAAUCCCCCCCUCGGCUGGGCGGGCCUAGCGAGAGCCCGUCACCCCGCGCCUCUCUAGCGCUCCCGGGCCGGCGCCGCGCGUGCGCAGAGCAGAGCUCGCCGCUCUGCCGGGAGCUGCGCCCACGUGCCCGCCGCUGGCUGCAGGGGGAGCCCGGCUCCGGGCCCCCGGCGCGUCUCCCAGCCCGGGGCCCCGCCUGCAGCGUACCGGGGCGUGGCCAGCGCGCGCGGCGGCCUGUCCCCUCGCGGGCCCAAGGGGUCCCGGCAUGGCGGAGCGAGGGGCGGGGGAGGGGCCCCCGCCUGCGGCGUUUGACAGACUCGUUUUCAGGAACGCGUCCGAACACCACUACCUGAGGGUUUGCUUAGAAUGUCAGGAAGGUGGGAUUCGACUGAAUGCUGCUCAUUUCAAGCAACUGGUUAUUUCCGCACUGAAGGAGUUACAUGGGGAGGUUGGUGCAGCCUUGCCUGUUGAUGUCUUAACAUAUGAGGAAAAAACCCUGUCUGCAAUACUAAGAGUUCCCAGCAGUGGCCUUGUCAAGCUGUGGAGUGCUCUAACACUGCUGGGCUCCUACCAGAACAGGAAGUGUGCUUUCAGAGUGAUACAGACCUCUCCAUUUCUCCUUGCGUUAUCUGGGAACAGCAGAGAACUCCUACUGGAUUGAAUACACCGGAGACGUGGUUAGGCUGUAAGAAG